GUUUUCCCACCCCUAGUGCGAACGCGACUUACAACUUAAUUUUAACAUUUUAAGUAAGUUAAGCGAAUUAAGACAUGCCAGACGCCGAACAAUUGCCCGAGGGCUGGGAGAAGCGCACCAGUCGCUCCACAGGACUGAGCUAUUACCUCAACGUGCACACCAAGGAAUCGCAAUGGGAUCAGCCCACGGAGCCGGCUAAGAAAACCGGUGGAGGUGGAGGAGGAGGAUCCGGUGCCGCGUCCGUCGCCGGAGGAGACGGACCCGACGAGGUGCAGUGCCUGCAUCUGCUCGUGAAGCACAAGGGCAGCCGGCGUCCCAGUUCGUGGCGCGAGGUGAACAUCACCCGCACCAAGGAGGAGGCCCAGCUGCUCCUGGAGGUCUAUCGCAACAAGAUCGUCCAGCAGGAGGCCACCUUCGAUGAGCUGGCCCGCUCUUAUUCCGACUGCAGUUCCGCCAAGAGGGGCGGUGACCUGGGAAAGUUCGGCAGAGGUCAGAUGCAGCCGUCAUUUGAGGAGGCUGCCUUCAAAUUAAACGUGGGCCAGCUUUCCGGAAUUGUCGACAGUGACUCCGGCUUACACAUCAUUCUGCGCAAGUCUUAAAGACUCCUCGACCACCGAACCCCACAGCUCACGUCACUUCUCACAUGAAUAAAACGGAAAUUACAGCCAUUUCAAUAUA